UCUCUCUCUCUCUCUCUCUCGUCUCGACUCCGAUCCCUACGACGACGGCGAGGUCGCCGGCCGCGGAGGCGGGCCGGGGGAGCCGGCCAGCAAUGACGGCCUCCUCCUCCACCACCAACUCCUCCUCGUCCUCCUCCUCCGCCGACACCUCCUCCAACCCACCACCGCCGCAACACGUGCUCCACCGCCACGUCACUACUCCUAGUGACAAGAGUGAGGGUAGCGGCGGCGGAGGCCGCGGCGCCCCGACAUCCGCGGCGCGGCUGCCGCUGCCUGCCCGAGCCCCGCGCGUGGGCGUCGGAGGAGGGGGCGGGGGCGGCGGUGGUGGCGGCGGGCAGAACCAGGCGUGCGCGUCGUGCAAGUACCAGCGGCGCAAGUGCAACCGGGACUGCCAGCUCGCGCCCUACUUCCCCGCCGACGAGCAGCGGCGGUUCCUCAACGCGCACCGCCUCUUCGGCGUCAGGAACAUCCAGAGGACGCUGCAGCGCACCCGGCCGGACCUCCAGUCGGACGCCAUGCAGGCGCUCACCUACGAGGCCAACUCCCGCGCCGCCGACCCCGUCGGCGGCGCCGCCCGUGUCAUCUCCGAGCUGGCCGAACACUACAAAACGCUCUGUAAAGAGCUCGUCGCCGUCCACGAAAAGCUCGAGCUCUGCCGCCCGCAGCAGGCCGCGGCGGCAGCCGCGAGAGAUACACUCAUCGCGAACGACCCGCUCGCCGACCCGGCAUCGGCAAUGCUCUUUGCCGGCGCCGGCGCCGUCGCCGGCCCGAGCCAGAACGAAGAAGACGCCAUGGUCGACGCGUUCUACGCCGACCAACCAGCCGUCGGCGAGAGCAGCAACGUGCAAGCCGGCGGCGGCUUCCAAGAACAGUACAUCAAGGACGAGUCGCAAGUGCAACCGCCGCCGCAGCAACACUACGAGCACUUGUACCACGGCGCGGCCGGCGACGAGGGCAGCAGCCACGCCUGGAUCAGCAGCGUCGUCGGCAAUGUCCAGCACUGCGGCGACGGGGAAGAGCAGCCGAUGGGUUUGAGCGAUCAGCUCCGGCCGCAUUUCCAGAUUGAGGCGGCGGCGUUCGACGUGAAGGCGGCGGCGCUGGCGAGGACGACGGAUCAACACCACGGCAAUGCCACCUUCAAACAGCCGGAGCAGAAGGUUGUGGCGUCGUCAUCGGCAGCGGCGGCAGGGUCGUCGUCGUCGUCGGCGGCGCAUUGCCAGCUGCAGUUUGGGUGCUCUUCCAACGCAUGGAAUAAUGUUGGAGCACACGUUAAUUAGUUCCUUGAAGUUUUGGCCUCGCGUGUUACAGGUUAGAAAAAUAAUCUCAUAGCCGAUAAUCUUUUAAUUGAGGGUAAUUUUACCAACAAAAAUAACGGGAUGUACCAAUUUUUAUGCUAAUUAAAAAGUACAAUACAUCCCGAUAUUUUUUAAAGGCAGUAAAAUUACUCAUUGAUGAUUUAUCUUAGAAUGCAAAUAAGAGCAUAUAUGUCUAUUUAUGAUGUAACUACAAGCUUUUUCUUGACGUGAGUCAUUAUUCGGACGGUUGAAAUUUCUCUCAAA